AUGGCUUCUCGAGAUGUCCUCAAGGUCUCGGCCUUGCACUACAAGGAUCCUAGUAAGACGGACGAGGAGUUUGAGAAGCAUUUCCACGAAACCAUAAACCCCGCCUGGACGGAGCUUGUGAAGAAGCAUGGCGUAAUGAGGUACACUGUGACCUUCUGCCCGUCUGACGUUUCGGCGGGUCUCGCGGAGACGGUAGAAAAGGUCCGCCCGGGUUGGACCGUGAUUAGCUCCCACGCGGUCCUGACCUAUUGGGUACGUGAUCUCAAGCAUAUGCUGUCGAUUACAAGCGACCCGGAGUAUCAAACUCUCGGUCGAGCGGUAGAGGCGGAGUGGAUUGAUUCCACCAAGGGUGAGAUUAUGGUCGGGUACGAGAGGGUUUACAUUGAAAACAAAGAGAUCGUCGACGCGCCCCAGAACUGA